AUGGCCGAUGAUGGCAUGCUUCUGAAUUUUUCCAUUGGUGAUUCCGUGCUGAAACCGGAGCAAAAAUUCAAAGGUGGAACAUGGAGGGACCGGCUUUCGGCGAGGAAAUUUGCGCAGGGAAAACGAGCCCCUCGCCAGAGAGCCCAAAGGGUAAACGGUCAGCCAGGAGGAGACGAUAAUAAUAAUCCGAACCGUGUGAACCUCGGUCCACGAGCAGAAUCCGGCCCCCGUCCAAACAAGAGACAAAGGACCGACGACGAUGGAAGUUUUCGACCGUCGACAUCUUCGACCGGCGAGCCUCGUGUGGGAGGGGGAGGAGGAGGAGGAUCACGAGGACCGAAGCCCAAGAAUAUUAUAUCGUCGCUUUUCUCGUACAACCCAGCCCCCAAAGACGUUGAGGAACUGGAAAAAAAGCAAACCGAAACAGACGAAGCAGAGAUCCAGCCUUCAAAUGCACCUUUGAUUCAUGGCUUGGAGGAUUUCACGGCCCUCGGCUUGGGCUCGACACUUGCCGCGCAUCUUUUGACCAAGAUGGAACUCAAGGCGCCGACAGCGAUCCAAAAAGCAUCUAUAGCACAGCUUGUGAAGGAAGAUAGUGAUGCCUUCAUACAGGCCCAGACUGGUUCAGGAAAGACGCUAGCAUAUCUCUUACCGCUCGUUCAGAGGAUUAUGGCUCUCAAAUACACUAGCAGUUCAAAUCUUGACGAUAAAAACUCGGAUGCAGUCCAUCGUGACUCGGGAUUGUUUGCCAUUAUCCUGGCGCCGACUAGAGAACUUUGCAAGCAGAUCUCCGUUGUUCUAGAGAACCUUUUACGGUGUGCUCAUUGGAUUGUCGCAGGCACAGUUAUCGGUGGUGAAAAGAAGAAGUCGGAAAAGGCUCGGCUGAGAAAGGGUCUGAACAUCCUUGUAGCCACGCCAGGUCGACUUGCCGAUCACUUGGACAACACUCAGGUGCUGGAUGUAAGCAAUGUUCGAUGGCUGGUUAUGGACGAAGGUGAUCGUUUGAUGGAUCUUGGAUUCGAGGAUGAGAUACAAGGGAUUGUGAAAAUACUCGAUGCGCGCCAACGACCUAGCUCUGUGGUCGGCUUACCUACCACGAGGACUACAGUGCUAUGUUCUGCCACAUUGAAGAUGAACGUCCAACGGCUCGGAGAAAUCAGUUUGAAAGAUGCCGUUCAUAUCAAAGCGGAUCCUGCUGAUGAGGAUGGAAAUCAGGGCUCUGAUGAUGAAGAGGCUGCCUUCACGGUUCCUGCCCAGCUCAAGCAGUCAUAUGUUGUGGCAGCAGCAAAGCUUCGAUUAGUCACUCUUACGGCUCUGAUGAAACGUACAUUUGCGCGCAAAGGCUCUGUGAUGAAGGCCAUAGUAUUUGUGUCAUGUGCCGAUUCUGUGGAAUUCCAUUUUGAAUUGUUCACUCGGAAAAACGAAGCAGAUACGAAAGCAGAUCCUACGGAUCCUACAGAUUCAUCUGAUGAAAGUGACGCAGAGACCGAAGACAAGAAAGAAAACAAGGAAAAAGAGAAAGCAGCCCAGCAUGGCACCAUUCGCUUAGCGACAGCAUUCUCUAGCCCUUCCAACCCCGUCACAAUCCACAAACUGCAUGGUUCGCUACCUCAACAUGUCCGGACAUCGACUCUUUCUGCGUUUUCGAAAAGCAAAGAAGCAUCUGUCCUUUUCUGCACCGAUGUCGCUUCUAGAGGUCUCGAUUUGCCCAACGUCGAUCUUGUUGUGGAAUACGACCCUGCAUUUAGCUCUGACGAGCAUCUGCACCGAAUUGGUCGUACAGCUCGUCUUGGCCGUGACGGUCGAGCUAUGGUCUUUCUUCUACCGGGUAGCGAAGAAGGCUACGUUGAAACCCUCAAGAGGGGUUAUCGAGACGGUGGGAAAUCCCUCACGCGCACCGAUGCCAAUGAAAUUUUGAAACGUGGAUUCGGCGGGAAUACGGACGCUAAAAGUCGGAAUUGGGAAGAAAAGGCCACGGAUUGGCAGCUUGAUGUCGAACGCUGGUCGUUGGAAGACCAACAGGCGUUGGAACUUGCUCGACGGGCCUUCCAGUCCCAUAUUCGUGCAUAUGCAACUCACAUUGCUGCCGAAAGAAGCUUUUUCAACAUCAAAGAACUUCACCUGGGCCAUUUGGCGAAGGCAUUUGCUCUCCGAGACAGACCGUCCAAGGUCAAUGUUCCGGGUCUAAGACAAACCAAGGACGACACCAAGAAGGAUUUCAAAGCAGGCAGGCGAGUCUCGACAGGUAAUGGAACGGAUAAGAAGAGGUCUGCUGGUAGGAAUAAUGACAAUGACGAUGCUCCGCAGCGUACAACAAAUAACGAUGAAGCUGCUCGUGCGAUGCGUGCCAAGAUACGCCAGAUGACUGGAGGUGGUGCCGGCGAAUUCAAUUUGGCUUAA